AUGUCCCUGCUUUCUAUCUUGGUGCAUCCAGACAAAAAUCAAGAUGAUAAAGAUAGAGCACAGACAGCAUUUGAUGCUGUGAACAGGGCAUACAAAAACCUGGAGAGUGAAGAAACUAGACAAAAGUACUUAGACAUCAUUGAAGAGGCCAAAGCACGCACUGAAAACAUGGUACAAGAGAAAAAGAAAAAGCUAAAGCGGGAGGGCAAAAAGGACCUGCGAGUGGAGGAGGAUGACCCAGAGCGAUUUCGCCAUGCUGUGUAUGUCAUGACAAUGAAGAUGUUUGCUGACAUGGAACGGAGAAAACGGGAGCUUGAAGAGAGGGAUAUGGAGGAACGAAAGCGGAAACGUGAGGAGGAGAUUGAAGAAGAAGAGAAGAAGAAAGUUGAGAAGGAGUUUCAAAAAAAUUUUGAAGAAUCUCGGCAGGAGCGGGUGACCAGUUGGAAAGACUUCCAAGAGGGGAGCAAGAAGAAAAAGAAGAAAGUGGGAGGAUUCCGACCCCCAAAGCACAAGAUGGAAACCAGGUGAAAAAAAGACAAAGGACUUGUUUGAUGUUAUUGACCAACAAGACAUCGAUCUCCAGAUUGUGUGACUUGCAGAUGAGUGAGUCCCUCUCUUCCUGCUGGUCGUUGCACUUCUGUAGAGUCUUUUUUUUUGUCAGUGUGCCUCAUUCACUGCAAAAUUUGGUGAAGAAAUAAAAGGCUCUAUCUCUUU